AUGGCCUCGACGUCGCAAUUCGUCCAGCUGGCCAAGAGCCUGCCCGAGCCCCUGCAGCGCUUCUUCGCCCGAUGGCCGCCCGCCGCCCUCGCCUCGCCGGGUAGCGCGCCCACGACCUUUCAACAACUGCGCCCAGAUCCCUUUGAGUUCUACAAGCACCCCGUGACGGGCCGGCGGCAGGAUCCCGUGUACUCGGCGCGGCGGCAGGCGCAGCUGCUGCGCAUGGCGCGCGACCACGGCGUCGCGGAGCUGCUGCCCGCUUCGGCCAAGAACCCGACGCAGCGCCUGGCGCACCGCGUCGAGCACGGCCUGCGCGUCAAGGGUACGGGUGUGGGACAAAAGGUCAAGGGUCACAUUCACGAGCGACACAUGAUUGCCAAGAUGGAACAGAAACGAAAGGCAAUGUUGGAAAUGCCCGACCUUAUCAAGAAGUGGAAGACGGUCGGAAAGCGAAACUGGACCAAGUUUCCGAAAUAA